AUGUAAAACUAAAAUAUUAAAUCUGUUACAUCGAGAUAGGAUGUAAAACCAAUAAAAGCCAAUAUUACAAGAGAGCAAUUUCAAACUCUAACCAAACUCUAUAACUCAGGAAGAUAAUAAAACAAUAAUGUUGAACGUGAUCGAAAUUAAUAACAGCAAUAAGCAUCUAACCAAUAAUAAUAACAAACAAUUACGCCAAGAAAUAAUACACCUUAAUCAUGUAGAACUGCAUAAGAAGUAUUCAUUUAUAGUAAACAAAAAAAGAUGAAAUAUUUUUUGUAUUAAAAAAGUAAUCUGAAAGAGCAAGGAAAGAUGUAAAAUAAUUCAUAGGUAUUGCCUAAAACGAAAAAUAGUUUACAUCGCAACUUUUCUUAAUUAGAAAAGUCAGCAAGUGCUUUGCUUACACCUUUAAUCUAAACAACAACCACUCCGUAAUCAAAAUAGAAAAAAUAUAAUCUGAUGUCAAUCGAUCAAAGAUUCCCAUCAAAUUAAUUCGCAUAAUAAAUUGCAUAACAAUUGAAAAAGAAGAAUGAAACCAAUAAGAAAGAGAAUUUAAAAGUGAGUUUGGAUGAUUUCAUCACUCAAGUGAGCAGACCAACCAAAACGCUCAUUUCCCCUUUUAAAUAGACAAAGUCUUUGUCACCAUCAACCAGAGUGUAAUCUGCUAAACCAAAAAAAUAAAUCUAUUACGUUUCUUCCUUAGUUGAAGCAUUUAAGCAUUAAUAUCCUUAAACAUGUGAGUAAUAAUUAUUCAAGGAUCAUGCCGUUUAGACAUUCAAUUGUGUUGGUUUCUGCAUGAAUCUUUAAGAAUCAGAUAAAGAGAUCAUUCAAUCAAAAAUAUUAAAUUUACCACCAAAAUUGAAUUGCAAAUAUUAAAAAACAGUAGUUUUUGAUCUUGAUGAAACUUUGAUUCAUUGUAAUGAAAACUAAUCACUAAAGGCAGAUGUAUAUUUACCUAUAACAUUCCCUUCAGGUGAUACAGUCUAAGCAGGUAUUAAUAUUAGACCCUUUGCAAAAUGGAUUCUUUAAGAACUAAGUUAAAUAUGUGAGGUUAUUGUGUUCACUGCAUCUCAUCAAUGUUAUGCUAGUUAGGUGAUUUAAUACUUAGAUCCUAAAAAUUAAUUACUUUCAGCAUAAUUAUUUAGAGACAAAUGUGUUUUAUCACCAGACGGAGUGCAUAUAAAGGAUUUGAAAAUAUUUAAUAGAGAUCUUAAAGACAUAGUAUUAGUUGAUAAUGCAGCAUAUUCAUUUGGAGUUCAUCUGGAAAAUGGCAUUCCAAUAAUUCCAUAUUAUGAUAAUAAGGAUGAUAAAGAAUUGAAGACUUUAUAUGACUUUUUAGUUGAAUAAGUAUUGCCUGCACCCGAUUGCAGAUUAGUCUUGUAAUCAACAUUUAGAUUACGAGAAUUCUUAAAAUAUAAUGAACCAAAGUUAGCUAUUGAAAAACUAUUUUGA